CCAUAAAGGAAGAAAGAGGCAUGAAAUUCCAGAAAGCUCAUCCAACUCUCUUUAUUUACCGAAACACCCAUCCUAACUAAAAAAAUGGCAGAUUAGUCCUCAUCCUUAUAUAUACUUACACAGUUGCACCACUUCUCUUCCAUCUCUUCUACACAAAAACGCAACUUAUUUAAGAAUAAAAAAUUCCGUCUUCGAUUACAGGAAAAAUUAAAUUCUUAACAAUUGGGAAAAAAUGGCGAGACCUGAUCAGGAAGCUAUCGAUACUUUUAUGAGCAUCACCGGCGUUUCUGAAGCCGCCGCUAUUCAAAAAUUGGAGGAUCACCAUGGCAGCCUCAACGAAGCUGUAAAUGCACAUUUCAGUGAAAACACAGCUCAGGAAGCUGCUUUUACUGCUCCUCAGAACGAUGUUAUGGAUAUUGAUGAUUCAGUACCAGGCGGGUCCCACAGACAACCUUCUUCCUUACCACACUUUGCUAGAGAUUUGGAUCCUUUCUCUCUUAUCGAUCCAAACUUCACUAGAAGUGCGUCCAAUAGUCGACCGCCUUUUGUUGAGAUCCCAGUUGAAGUUAAAGACGGUACAGGAUCAUCUGUUCGUCCUGGCAAUGCUUCAGCCGUUGAAGCCACGACUGAAACUGCACGUGCCACUUACAUAAUAGACGAUGAUAGUGACGAAGAAAAAAAUUAUCCAGAUGUACCGAUUACUGUUCGACAUGGGCCAAGUGCUCCCACAAUCAUUGACGUGCCUGACUAUAACAACGAUAUAGAAGAAGAAAUGAUUCGAGCAGCCAUUGAGGCUUCGAAGAAGGAUGCUGCAGUGUCGAAUCAACAAUAUGACGAUCAUGAUAUUGACAACGUUGGUGCUUCGGAAUUAGAGGCUCAGAAGUCAGCUUUGCCAGAGUUAUUACAUGGAAGGCAAUCUCAGUUGGAGAUUGGAAGCUCAUCCAUCCAAGAUGAAACUGAAGAUGAAGAAGAAGAAGAGCUGCAAUUGGUUAGGCACAGAAGAAGACGAGUCACUUCCACCUCUACCGACACACCACUAAUCGAUAUUGGAGGAGCGGAGGUCCUCCCACCUUCAAUUCCUCAGCAGAAUGAUACUGUGACUCAUUCACGUGACAGUGGAACUGAUUUCCCUUCUGAGUGGGGAGGCAUCUCAUCCGAGGAACACGACGAAGCUGUUAUGCUCGAGGCUGCAAUGUUUGGUGGGGUCCCCGAAGAAACUGGAUAUCGUUUUCCUCCUUACGCACCUCAUCGCCCCGUGCAUAAUGAUUUAUAUGGUCCUUAUCCCAUGCAAAUACCUCGUCCUCCAUCACCUUCUCUUACUGCUCAGAGAUUGAUACGAGAACAACAGAAUGAUGAAUAUCUUGCGGCUCUACAAGCUGAUAGAGAGAAAGAACUGAAGGCCAAGGAAGAUGCUGAAGCUGCUCUUGCUGAAGAGAGACGCAAGGAGGAGGAAUCACACAGAAAACUGCUAGAGCAACAGGAAAUUGAGAGACAACUAGCAGCCAAAGAAGCUUCCCUUCCACAAGAACCAAACACAGAUGAUGAUAAUUCUGUCACACUUCUUGUGCGUAUGCCCGAUGGGACCCGCCGAAGUCGGAGAUUCCACAAGUCAGACAAACUACAGUAUCUAUUUGACUUCAUUGAUAUUGGAAGAGGGAUCACCCCUGGCAGUUACAGAUUGGUGAGAUCUUAUCCUAGGCGCGCUUUUAGCGACGGAGAAAGUAGCUCGACUAUGAACGAAUUGGGUCUGACCAGUAAACAAGAAGCAUUGUAUCUGGAGUUGAUAUAGCAGCAUCAUAUUAUUAUUUGCAGGUUUUAUAACUUAUACCUAUUUUAUAUUUAUUUUGCAAGUGAAUAUUUUAAAUAUAGACCGAGCGAAAUUGACUUAUAUUAUACGGUUUGGAAAGGCUCUUCCGUUGGGUGUAAGUGAAUUAUGUUUCUAUACAUUUCUUAGUAGUUUAGACACAGCCUCACCGUUCGUUUUGCUCCAAGUAUGUCUUCAUUUUCGAGCAUUGUUUUUCUAAACGAUCGAAAGUGAAUCGAAAUAUUUUCUUUUAAUUUUAUUUUUCUCCAUCUUUUAUUGUAUUAACAUGGUAUUUGGUUU